AUGAGCUAUUGGGAAAGUAGUAGUGUCAAAAUGCUGUUCCUGCUCUUUGUCUUCGUCCCGCUGGCAGAUGCUGUCACAACUCCGUCAAACGAUGUUCAAACCCACCUGCCUGAUCAGUCUCUUCUCAAUACUCCUGCCGUUCCUAUAAAGACUGUUCGUUCAUCCCAGUUGGGUGGAUCAGAUGAAGCUAAUAAGAGAAGUGUGGGCGCCGUCAAACGUAGCCAUUUCAAAGGGCUUGUGCUUCCUCGUGAUCAAUGGGCUUCAGGCUUGUGGCCAAAAGGAGAAGUUCCAUAUGAAAUGUCACCAAAAUACACUUCUCAAGAACGACGUAAAAUGCGGUUGGCGAUGAAAGCAUUUCGCAAGCACACAUGCAUAAAAUUUCGACCGCGAACUCCAAGUGAUAUGUAUUACUUAUCAAUCUCAAAUGAUGGUGGAAAAAAUGGAAAAGCGGAGUGUCGGAGCGAAGUCGGUCGUCAAACAAAUAAGGGUUCUCGUACACCUGAGGGCAAGUUCAAAACAAUGAUGUAUCUGCAGCAUAAUUGCUUCGAUCAAUCUACUUUGCUUCAUAAACUGAUGCACGUUAUCGGCUUUCCUCACGAACAUCAGAGAGAGGAUCGCAAUCCAAUUCUUAAUGCAGUGCAUAAAUCGGACCCUUAUUGGAAUGACUGGUAUCACAAGACCUUCCCGAGAACCGAUGCGUACUACAUGGGCAAUUACGACCCAGAGUCUAUCAUGCAUCACUCUUUUCCUAAUUUCAAAAACUAUGAACGGCAGUACUUUUCAAAAUCGGACAUCAAGAAUAUCAACAAGUUGUACAACUGCUCAGGUAGCAUUUUUCUAUGAAGUGGUUCACUCAAAGGAUGACAACGGUGUUUGUUAUAUUACGUAGUAAAAUUUUGAAACUAUUCUUUCAUUAAAUGAAGCAAUAAAUGAGCUAAUCAAA